CGCUGCUCGGGCGACAAGUCACAACCCUCUUCAAGAUGUUCAAGUUGCUGUGUGUAGUAUCUUUGCUGUUCUGGUGUGGACUGGCGUCCGGUCACUUCCACACCACCCGCUGUCUGCCGUCCUUAGGGAAGUAUCCCUUCGACGAACAGAAGUUCUCAGGUGACUGGUACUCCGUAGCUAACGUGUUCAGACCUAACCUUUUCUCCGACGAAAUUAAAUGCGACAAGAUCCACUUCACGGCGGAGACUGUGGGUAAUGUUACCAAAACCCACUUCGACAUACUUGUGAAGAAGGCGGACGGCGUCGAAAAGCAUAUAGAAGCCAGGGGACAGGCCCUUAAGCCAGGUCUCGCGUCCUCCACUUCCAUGGCUUUCAAAUUUCCAAAAGACGACAAGUGGCACAAUAUCAUGAAACACUCGAUCAUUGCUACUGACUACAAUACCUACGCUCUGGUGCACGGAUGCAAGGAACACUAUGACGAGAAGGAAGACACUUUUAAUAAGUUUGUCAUAAAUCAGAUCUGGAGCCGAUCCAAGACCCUCGACGAGGGAAUUCUGACUACUCUAAAGUCAGUAAUGAGUAGCUUUGAUAUCCCUGAAGACGAGUGGGCUGUUGUGGACAACUCCUCCUGUUAAGCAACACAUUUUAUCUGAACUGUAACCGAUAUCCCUUUAGACAUGGCCGCGUUCACUAGAGCGCAGUGGAAUUUAUGAAUAUGCAUUAUGCAUUACUGUUGUUUACCUUAUCACAUGUAACGAUGUACUUCCCCUAACGCGCUUAACAGCGGCCAGGUCUAAAAUAUCGGACAAUAGUAAUUUGCUUUUAAUAUUUAGUCUGCAAGACACAGUUUGCAGACAUGUGCUAUAUGUUCUUGUGUAUGUUCUUAUUCCAGCCCUAAUAAAACUUAACACUACUUAAUUCCAAAUGAGGCAUUAACUAUA